AUGACAAAGCGCCGUUCCAACUCCAUAACUUCCAACAUCUCCAAUACAUCUACGUCUUCCGAAUAUUCGAUUACAAAUUAUAAAAUCUUCAGUAAGAACCGCUUGUUAAUCCAAAAGAAGCAUGCCGAGAACGACAAAGCCGCGGUGUUCGUGAAUGGAGCCACGGGAUUCCUGAUAUUUGUAACUUUUAUUCUGCUUCCCAUCUUUUUCACAACCUCAUUACAUCGCCGAGUUUUGGAGAUGGAUCAGCAUCCCUGCGCGUACAAUCUUUGUGGCGACAUUCGCGAGGAUCCCUGGAUAAUCUACAGUGAACUUUAA